AUGAAUGACCAACCCCAAUCCCCUCCAAAACGCAUCACACGCGCCCGAGCGGCUGCGAAGACCACUGAUGCUGGCGUCAAGACCACCAGGAUCGCAACUGCCUCCGCAAAGGCCAAACUUAUUAGAACCACUUCCGUUUCCGCGUCUACUUCCACCUCCAGGGCCAAACGAAAGACUCGAGCCGACGAUGUACAAGAACAUGAGGAAGAACAUGGCGAUAUGGACGAAUUAGCCCAACCACAACCCACGCGGACAACUCGAGGAAGGCCCAAGAAGGUCGCUGUUGGUCCUGAACUUGGGAAACGGAAGGAAGAGAUACCGACUGUGGUGAGGCCGACCAGAGGAAGACCAAAAAAGCCCCUAGUAGACGUGCCCGCAUCCGAGCCCCCUAGGUCCACGAGAGGUCGGCCCAAGAAAAUCGAUGCGCCCGCGGAGGAAGCUAUUGUUGUCGAGGAGCCACCGAAGAGAGCCAUCCGCACUCGAGCUGCUACAGUUACAAAAGCUCCGGCUCGGAAGAAGACAGUCAAAUUUGACGAGCCUGAUAAGGAGAACAUGGUCCCACCCGCACCCAAUACCGAGGGGAAGGCCAACGGUGCGCAAACUGCCACAGGUCUUCGAGCAAGGCCCAUGCGAAAGGCUACGGUUACCGCAACUCGAGCCACUCGUGGGCAGGCAAAAGCUUUGGAAGAGGAACCUGAAAAAUCGUCGCCGCUCAGUCCAAAGAAGGCAACACAAAUAGCAACCGCAAAACAGAAAGCCUCAGAUGAUGAAUUGGCAACGGACGAGAACGCCCCGAUGAUGCCCCUCAUGAAGAGCCCCGUUAAGCCCCCUGGAAGCAUUUUUGGUGUAUCAAAGAAGCUGGAGUUCUCAAACUCGCUCAGCACCCACACAGCCAUGGCUCCAGCUACUCAACAUCUUGGAGGUUCUAUGAUGAGUAGCCCAGCCCGGCGUCCACCCCCAUCCCCAUUCAAAGAUUCCUUGAGAGAAUCACCGCAAAAAAUGACCCUUGGGGAUAGCAUGAUCCCACCCCCCUUCAAGCCAUCGCUUCCAGCUCCAUCAAUGGCAACAAAUUCGGCGUUCAAGGCGUCCCUGCUUCAAUCCCCGGCCCGACGACCGCAAUCUCCAAUAAAAACCACUGAAGCUGGCUCCCCAAGUAGGUCGGGGAAUUCCAACCCGUUCCUUGCUGCAACACCCAAAGCAGGUACCUUUAAGAUGUCGAGAUUUACAACUCCAAGAACCGUUAACAAAAGUGCCCUCCGUGCCAACCAGAUGGGCCCUCCCCCGAGCGGCCUCAAAGUUGCCUCUGACAGGAACCUUGCAACCGAUUAUCAAUCAACUCUCCCAGUGGCAUCCCCUUCAAGGAUGCAAUUUUCUGGCCGGCUUUCGUCGAUCGUGCCUCGUGAAGCCGACCCCGCCUUCGCGGCAUCCGCAUCAGCCGUCAAGGCAGCUGAAAGUCAUUAUGCGGAGAACGAGCCGGCUAGUGAAGCUAUGAAUGUGGGCAAUACGGAAUCUGUUGCUGCCGAGGAGUCUAUGAAAACCCAAGACAUCUUAUCACCCAUCGCCCCAUCAGGGUACACUAGUGGUGCAUUUAACCUCCGCAGUGAGAGUGACAACCCAUUCCCGGACUCGGAUUCCGAGGAUGAGCUCACUUCAAGCCCUUGCAAUUAUUCUACUCGUCGCUUGGAGACAUUCAAGCCUUCAUCUCCCAGCUUUACCUCCUCGCCAUCCAUACCAACGCCUUGUAUGGCGAUCCAUAAGACACCAAAGGCAGCAAAAGCUCAACAAGGCCUCGAUGACUUGCAAUCCUACCCAGCAGUAACUAUUGGAUUUACGCCAUUAGCGCAGCAACUAAACGAUUGGAUGACUUCCACUCCUGAUAAGCCAGAGGCGGCCAAUUUAGGAGCUGGUUCAACGGCACCCACGUAUGCAAAGAUUCAGCGCCUGUCUACCGAAACAGAAUCCACGUCUCCCUCUUCGACUAUCAAGAAUAAUUUCUUCGACGAUGAGAUGUCCGUCCGAGAGGAGGUGCUAGGAGAUGGAUUUCUUGCGACAUCAGAAACCCGCUUACCGGAACAGAGAAUAGACGAAGUAGAUCUCAGCUCAGCCGAGUUGGACGAAGAGGACCUAGCUCUCGCCCACGAGGCUGAUGACAUGUCUCUUGUUGAGCUUGAUGAUGUUGAGCUUGAUGAUCACCUAGGCCCCGAUGCGAAAAUUGCUGAGCCUGCUAUGUCAGAGGCUAGUCAGGAAUAUGGCGAUGAGAACGAAAUCCCAAUUGACCCAGCGUUAAUGGCACCCCCUCUACCACCAGUCCCAACUCCCCCUUCCUUCGCAACUCCAAAACGCAUCUUGUCUGAAAGGGUAUGCCAUACCGUGUCCAAGGUACCCCUCAAGCCUGCGGCAGAAAUCACCCGAAUCAGACCGUCACCUAAGAAACGGAGCCUAAGUAUUUCGCGCCCCCCCGUUCAGAGGCCGUCAAGCACGUUACAGAGAAAUAACACAGUUAUUUCGUACUCUCCUUCGAAGGGAAAACUUCGAACUCCAGCCAAAACUCCAAGUCGGGAAGUUGCUAUGGCUGGUGUCUCUUCGAGUCAAGAAAAUGAUGAUGCAGCUUUGUGGUCAACACUUGGUACUCCAGCUCGGACUCCUCGCCGUGAUGUAAAUAUUGCUCUUUUGAGUGGCGCUGUAGUGUUUGUGGACGUUCAUACCACAGAAGGGGCCGAUGCAAGUGUAUUAUUUACUGAGCUGCUCACGCAGAUGGGGGCUCGUUGUGUGAAGACCUGGAAUUGGAGCGGAAAGGGCGAUGAUAGAGCUAAGAUAGGUAUCACUCACAUCGUUUUCAAGGAUGGUGGAAGGAAAACUCUCCAGAAAGCCCGGGAAGCUGGUAGCGUUGUGUCUUGUGUUGGAGUUGGAUGGGUACUAGACUGCGAGCGCGAGAACAAAUGGCUUGACGAAAGUCCUUAUGCAAUCGACACUGCUCUUGUUCCUCGCGGAGGGCAUCGCAGACGUAGGAGCAUGGAGCCGCAAAUCCUUGCCAAUUUGAACGGGACGCUUGUUCCAUCUUCCUCUGCAACGCCAGCUCGCAAUUAUAGCGCGUCUCCCUCCAGAGAAUCUCUGGGCCUUCCCGGGACACCUUUUACCUCAAAGUCCAGACGACGUGACUCUGUCCAAUGGGUUCGCUCGUCUCCCUUUUCACCAGAUGACGAGCAGGAGGCGGACGACCAAACACUACUUCUCUCCCCUGUUCCAGUAACCCCGGCUCCAGAAGCCAUCUCCGCUUAUGCUGAGCACGGACUUUAUGGAGAUGAGACACCAGCUUGUCAGACACCAUGCUUCUUGCAAAAGGAGCAGUUGAUGCAACAAACGGCCCCACCUGCCAAAGGCAGGUUCAUCCAAGCUGAUGAUGAGGAUGCUGAUGAUGACAAUGGCGUGGCGAGAGGUAUCUUGAGUGAGAAGAAGGAUGAGAGUGUUAUGAUGAGAUUAAUGGCUGCAAGAAGAAAGAGCCUGCAAUGGGCACCAAAGGUUGGCAGUCCGCUUGCGAGAGGUGCAGCUUGGUAG